UACUCCCAUCAUGUGAAUGGACUUCAUUACAAAGGACAGACGUAUUUGAGUAUUGGAGCAUUGGGUCCCUUCAGUGUCCUUCACCUCUGUUCUAAGCUGACACUGCAGUUCUUGAUGUACUCAAAGGCUAGAGAAGGCACCAAAGUCACAGGAGAGAUGGAUUGGUGUGUGUAGGGCUUAUGGACUACCAGGAGUCAGAAAAGCCUAGGAAAGGGAAAGGCAAGGGUGUGAUGAGAAGGGAGUGUCUACUCAUCUCAGGGUCUGGGGAAGGACACCGCAGAGGGUUUGCUGUAAUAGAGGUCCAAGUUUCAGUCUGGAGUCUUACCAGGCAUGCGUCACAUCACUCCCCCAUGGUGCAGAUAGAAGUCACAGCCAUUACCUGAGUGUCUGCCAUACACGUGGAAUGGUUAAGUCUCAUGGCACUGACUUCUGUUUAGCUAUGGUGAAGACUACAUUGUGAAUGGUGUUAGUGUCGGGAAUGCAGGUGAGAGGGUGAGAACGUGUAGGAAGGGCCAGCAGCAGCUUCCCACCAGGCCCUGGUCCUUAAAGGCCCCACCACUGUGUGUGUGAGUGUGUGUGUGUGUGUGUGUGUGCCCAUGUUUACAUUUGCAAAGGCCAGAAGAGGACACAGGUGUCUUCCUCUAUCACUUCAUGAUAUUUUUAUGUUUAGACAAGGUCUCUUGCUCAAGCAGGAGCUUAUCAUUGAAGCUGUGUUAGCUGGCCAGAAAACUACCAGGAUCUACCAUCUGUACCUGCCAGUGUUAGUGUUACAGGCAUCCUGCCUUUUAUGUGAGUCCUCGGGGUCUGAACUCAGGUCUGCUGAUUUGCAUCGCUCACUCUUAGCCACUGUUACAUCUCCCCAGCCCUCCCCAACCACUUAAACAUUGCCACUGGGGGACCAGAGUUCUAACACUUGAACCUUUGAGGUCAAACCACCUCAGGAUCCAAACCUUAGCACUCCUCUGUACCUUCUUUUCCUGUCCACAUUUCCUGAGACGGUCAGUGUUGAUUGUCACCUUGACAGAAUCUGGAAUCACCUGGGAGAAGGGUUUGGGGCAUGCCUAUACUAUGUUGCUUCUGCUGCUUUGUCUUUUUUCAAGGCCUUAUUGGCAAAAUCCCCUGUUAAGGAGGAAUUUGUGGUUUCAGGAGUCAGUGACAUUCAAGGAUGUAUCUGUGGACUGUACUUGGGAGGAGUGGAUGCAGCUAGAUUCUGUGCAGAGGAAGCUGUAUGGCAGAGUGAUGCUGGAGAGCUACAGGAACCUGGUCUGCCUGGGACAUCAACUUUCCAAAUCAAAUGUGAUCUCUGAUCUGGAACAAGGACUGAGCCUGAGGAAAAGAGAGCUCCCAGCUUGCAUCUCUCUGGGCCUGGCGUGUUGUCUUUUGGCAUCCUGUGUUCCUGGGAGGAUCUCCUAGGCCAGUUGUUAAAAAUUUAUAGGCUGGGAGACAAGACUUGAAACCAAAGAGUUAACUCCAAAGUCCAACAGUAUUGAAAAUUUGCCCUAUGGGGUCAUAAUGGAAAGGGAAGAUCUCUGGCAUUCAGCUUUAGGGACUGUCUGGGACCCCUCUUGCUGGUUAGAAGGGCAACAGGAAAGAUAUCUGGACCAAGUGACAGUGACCCAAAAGGAAACCUUUAAUGAGAAGAGGGUAUGUGGAGGUAAUAAAACUGAAAAAUGUUCCAUUGAGAGCUCAAUGCUUAAUACACCACAAAGCAUUCCUUUGCCAAAAAGACCCCGAAAUUGGAAUUCAUGUGGAAAAGAUUCCAAACAAAAUUCCAAGUUAAUGAAAGCUUCAAGAAUGUUUGUAGGAAAGAAAAUAUAUGAAUGUGAUGAGUGCAGGAAAACCUUCAGCCAGAGUUCAUCCCUGCUUAAGCACCAGAGGAUUCACACUGGGGAGAAGCCUUACAAAUGCAAUGUAUGUGACAAGCACUUCAUUGAACGCUCCUCCCUCACUGUUCAUCAAAGGACUCAUACAGGAGAAAAACCCUACAAAUGUAAUGAGUGUGGGAAAGCCUUCAGUCAGAGUAUGAACCUUACAGUUCAUCAAAGAACUCAUACUGGAGAGAAACCUUACCAGUGCAAAGAGUGUGGAAAAGCUUUUCGUAAGAAUUCCUCCCUUAUUCAACAUGAAAGGAUCCAUACUGGAGAGAAGCCCUACAAAUGUAAGGAUUGUGGGAAGGCUUUUACACAAAGCAUGAAUCUUACAGUGCACCAGAGAACUCAUACCGGAGAAAAACCCUAUGAAUGUAAUGAAUGUGGAAAAGCCUUCAGUCAGAGUAUGCAUCUUAUUGUCCAUCAGAGAAGUCACACCGGAGAAAAACCCUAUGAAUGCAGUGAAUGUGGAAAAGCCUUCAGUAAAAGCUCAACUCUCACGCUACAUCAGAGAAAUCACACUGGAGAAAAACCCUACAAAUGUAACAAAUGUGGUAAAUCAUUUAGUCAAAGCACAUACCUUAUAGAACAUCAGAGACUUCAUUCUGGAGUGAAACCUUUUGAAUGUAACCAGUGUGGAAAGGCUUUUAGUAAGAAUUCUUCUCUUACUCAGCAUCGGAGAAUUCACACUGGUGAGAAACCUUAUGAGUGUAUGGUAUGUGGAAAGCAUUUCACUGGGAGAUCAUCCCUAACUGUACAUCAGGUUAUACACACUGGAGAGAAACCUUAUGAAUGUACUGAAUGUGGAAAGGCCUUUAGCCAAAGCGCCUACCUUAUUGAACAUCAAAGAAUUCAUACUGGUGAAAAACCCUAUGAAUGCGACCAAUGUGGGAAAGCUUUCAUUAAGAAUUCAUCCCUUAUAGUGCACCAGAGGAUACAUACAGGAGAGAAACCCUAUCAGUGUAAUGAAUGUGGAAAAGCCUUCAGUAGGAGUACAAACCUCACAAGACAUCAGAGGACUCAUACAUGAGAGAAGUUUGCACUGGCACCUUCAUCUUGAUCAGUUCAUUAAUAAUAGCCCUUUGUCAUGUUAGUGUAGAUACUUCAUAACCAUAACUCAUGUGGGAACCUUUUAUAGCAUACCAGAUAAUAAAACCAUAGCAGAUUAACCAUAUGAAAGUGAACACUUUCAUUCAAAUGGUAAAAUUUUAUAUCAGAUUUGAGUAUCUAAUACAUUAAUAGUGAAGAUAAGCUCUAUUGUGUCAUACUUGGAAUUCUGAUUUGGGCAUCACAGAGUUUUCACACUGGAUGGAAAAUGUGAUAGUACUUAACUAGACAGCCAAAAAUCUGGUAUGUAGUACUAACCCCCAUGAGUUUAAACAAGUCACCCACUCUCAUAAGAUCACAGUGUCCUUAUGUGCUAAAUGAGAGAUUUUGGGUUAGAUAAAAUGUCCAAAAGAUGCAGGGAAUUUUUUAGUCUUUUGCGGUUAUAUGUGCUGUGGAGAUGCUUUUAUUUCAUAUUGUGAUUUUCUUGAAUGUUUUAGGUUAAAAUCCUCUACCUCUAACUCCUAUUGUCCUUCAAGUUCUCCCCUUUCCCUGAAUUGCUUUAUCUUCUAAAAUGUAGGCUAGUUGCUCCUGGGUGGAAGAUAAACUGUGCACAUUUUAAUGCCAUAGCAUGCUGUUUUGAAUUCUCAACUGAUAGUCAUUAAACUGUUGUUAAAUAAGCUGAUUAUAUUUAGAUGAUAAUGUGACAAAUAUAAUCUUUAAAUACUUAGGACUCAAAUACAUAUCUUUGUGUCUUACUUGACUGUCAUGGAAAUUUAAAGACAUGUGGAUUGAAUACUAAUUGUCCUGGAUAGUUUUAUGUCAACUUAACACAAGCUAAAGUCAUCUAAGAGGAAGGAACCUCAAUUAAUGCCUCCAUGAAAUCGGGCUGUAUAGGGCAUUUUCCUGAUUAGUGAUUGGUGGGGUAGGACCCAACCAUUGUGGAUGGCACCAUCUCUGGGCUGAUGGUCCUUGGUUCUAUAAGAAAGCAGGCUGAGCAAGCCAGCAAGCAGCAUUCCUCCAUGGCCUCUGCAUCACCUCCUGCCUCCAUGUUCCUGCCCUGUUUGAGUUCCUGUCCCGACUUUCUUCAGUAAUGAACAGAGAUAUGGAAGUGUAUGCCAAAUAAACUCUUUCCUCUCCAA